AUGAUUAAUUCAGAGAAUAUUGUUUUCACAAACAACGCUACUUCAAAAAAUGCUAUUUCAAAGUCUAUUUUGAUGACAUAUGAAUAUAAAAGCGUAGAAUUAAGGAUUAUAAAAGAUACAAUAAGUAUGUAUCAGAAUAGUUUUAUGGAAAAGGAAAAAGUGUUAAAAGAAGAAAAACAAAAGCUGAAAGAAUUAAAUUAUCAAAUGUGGUCAGUAGAAGAUUCAUAUUGCGAACAAAUAUGGCAAUUCUCCCACGAACAUAAUUUCUCUGAUAUCUUCAAAUGUUACCCCUUUGUUAAAAAAACUGAUCAUUGCGCAAAGCAAAGAAACAAUGAUAAAGACGAUGUCGAAAAAAGCUCAGAAUUGAUUGAUCUUAUAAAUGAAAUUGAUACGAUCAGAGCGGAAAUAUUUAGCUUAAAUCGUGAAAAAAAUGUUAAACAAGAAAUGGAGAGUAUCUUAAUGAUCUUAAAAAAAUUACAAUUAAUUGCUGAUGAGAUUACAGAAUUAUUGAGACUAAUAAGUCCUUUAGAAUCUUCGUGCGAAUUCGCGGCGAUAUCAAUACCAAUACAUGACGAAGUAAUUUUUGAUAGUGUAAAUAAAAUCAAACGACAUAUGAAUGAUACAGGUCACGGAAAUUCAAUAAACAAGAAAACAUGUAGUAAUCAAAAGGAAAAAUUAUCAUUCAAAUGCAGCGAGGAAUAUAAAAAUUUUACUCCAAAGAAGCGCAGUGAAAUUUCUAUUAAAUUUGAACAGCAUCGUCGACAUAUAAUUGAUAAUUAUUAA